AUGUCUACCGGGUCCCCAGCACCCACCUUUGGGGUUGGCGCGUCCUUUGCCUUUACGGGCGUCAGCGACAUGCAGCAAAAGAAGCGCGUGCAGAAGGAGCUGCCGCAGCCACCAGUGAGUCCAGAACCGCCCAAGCAGGUUCGAAGCCAGACGAAGCUUGCAAGAGCUGCGUGGCGGGAGGCUUGGGCGCACCAUGGGCGAUAUCUGAGCGGGAGUGGGAGUGAGAAGGACGAGCGACUUGUCACGAAGGCGACGGCGGGCUUACGGGCGGAGAUCUCGCGUCUUGGCGGGGCGCUAGCCGUUGCCAGAAACGCGGUGACAGGCGAACAAAGAGAGAAAGAAGUCGCCCGCAAGCUCGCGUCUGUCUUGCUGCUCGAGAACAAGCUGCUGGCUGCGACAGCAACAGCAACAGCGACGGCGACAGCGAAGACGACGACGACGCCGACAAAGAAUAGGAAGAGGAAGAAGAAGUCAAAAACAAAGACGCCAACGAAGCAAGAGAAGAACGACCAAGAACAGGAAGAGAAAGAGGAGGAAGAGGAGGAGGAGAUGGAGUCGAUUCGCGACCUGCCCGGCGAGGAGGCGCACGACCGCGGGGUCAUGUUGGAGAAGCAGGUGGAGCACCUGGAGCAGCACAACAGCCUGCUCAAGGCCCAAGUCCAGAAGCUCGAGCAGGACGUGGCUGAGGCCAACCGGGUGCGCGCCGACACGGAACGCGAGCUCGAGGAGAAGAGGGAGAAGGAGGACGAGCUGGCUGCCCAGGUGGACAAGCACCGGCGCGAUGCAGAGCAAGAGAAGAAGAGCAUGCAGACGACGAGUGGCCUGCUCGACCUUGCCUACGCCGACCUGUCUGAGGCCAUCACCGCCCGCAAGCUCGCCCACAAGGCCCGCGACGAGGCCGAGGCACAGCACCACGAGAUCGAGCUGCGAUUCAACGACUUGCACGCCGAGUGGGAGGAUAGCCAGACCAAGAUUGAGCAGCUCGAGCACCGGCUUGAGGCCAUCGACCAGCUCGAGGCGGAGAACGCAGGCCUGCAGACCGACAUGGAAAGCCUGGUCCAGCAGCUCGCCGACCACGACCGCAGCCUCAUUGUGAAAGAUGAGCGCAUCAGCCACCUCGAGGGCCUUCUGCAAAAGGAACGCAAUCUCAAACUCGAAGCCCAGGACCGCGCCGACCGCCACCGCGACCGCAUCGUCACCUCGGGCGCCACUUCGCCCUACGACGAAGAGCCGUGGAGUUUCAACAUCGACAGCGUCAACGAGUCUUUGGCAGAUGAACUGUCGUUGGCCUCGCAGCUGGACGACAGUCUGAGCAGUACAUAUGAGCCUCUCAAUGAGUACUCGGACGUUGUAGAUAUCAUUGACAUCACGCCCGUUGAUCCUGCUUCUGCUCCCCCUCGCUCUGUCAGUGUCAGUGAGGCUGCAAGUGCUGCGCCCAUUCACCCCGAAGCUCAACCUCUCUCUAUCCAUGUCGACGAAGCCGCCACCGCAAUCCCUGUUGAGCCUGAAGCCCAGCGCCUGUCUCUUCAUGUUAGCGAGUCUGCGAGCACAACCUCUGUACAGCCUGAAGCCCAGUGCCUCGCUGUUCAUGUCGAUGAAGCUGCUACUACGAGCCCUGUACAGCCAGAAGCCCAGCGCCUGUCUGUACACGUGAACGAGGCUGGGAGCAGAGCGCCAAUCCAGCCUGAAGUUCAGAACCUCUCCAUCCACACCAACGAGUCUGCAAGCUCAGCGCCCAUCCCGCCUAAAGUUGAGCACCUUACCAUCCACACCAACGAGUCUGCCAGCGCCGCACCUGUCCAGCCUGAAGCUCAGCACCUCUUCAUUUACACCAACGAAUCUGCAAGCUCAGCACCCAUCCCGCCAAAAGCUCAGCACCUCUCCAUUCACACCAACGAAUCUGCAAGCUCAGCACCCAUUCCGCCAAAAGCUCAGCAGCUCUCUAUCCAUACCAAUGAGUCUGCAAGCAGAGCGCCCAUCCCCCCUAAAGCCCAGCGCCUCUCCAUCCACACCAAUGAGUCUGCCAGCGCCGCACCUGUCCAGCCUGAAGCCCAGCGCCUGUCUGUACACGUGAAUGAGUCUGCGAGCUCAGCGCCCAUCCCGCCUAAUGCCCAGCCCCUCUCCAUCCAUACCAACGAGUCUGCCAACUUUGCGCCCGUCCAGCCUCGUAUCCCGCCUCUCACUAUUCAUGCAGAGGAAACCGCGAGCACCGCGCCUGUUCAACCUUUUGUCCAGCCGCUACCCAUCCAUGUUGACAAAGCCACUAGCACGACACCCGUCAAGCCCGUAGCCAUAUCAUCGACAUUACACAUCAGCGAGGCCGCCAGCACCACACCCAUCACGCCCCAGCGCAAGUACACAGCCGCCACCGCAUGCGCCCAAACCGACAUUUCCAACCCAAAUCUCAAAAUCACAGAAGCCCUCCUCUCCCCCGACGACGAAUGGCCCCUCCAGGUCUUCGUCGACAGGCGCCCGACCUCGGACUCACCGGCCCAGACAAAUCUGGAGCCGGAGCCGGAGCCCGUCGUGGUCGAAACCCCCCUCCUCCCCCUCCCCCCCAAACCCAGCCUCGCCCAGCGCGCCCUGCCCUUGCUCUCCGCCCUCAUCGCGCUCUGGGCCGCCUUCCUCUACAUGCGCCUGCGGGCCUGGGAAUCCGCAAACGGCCUCCAGCACGGCUACUAUACGGGCGGUGCUGUGCCGACGCUGCCUGGCGGUGCCUUUGGCAACGGCCGCUACUUUUUGGGCGUGCCGUUGGCCAUGGACGUGGGUAACUCGGAUUUUAGCGAGUGGCUGGCUGGAUGCCUGUCUGUGCUGAUUUCGGGGUUGGAUGGGUGGAGUGGGGUGGGGUUUGGGCGGCAGUAUUGA